AUGUCUACGCGUCCUACGACACCGGCCUCUCCGAAGAAUGCCAAAGUCAAGUCACCUGUUCCUGGAAUACCAAUGUUUGGGUGUGAACAUGUACAACGUCUAUUGUCCCAGGGUCAAGAAGUCAUGAAUAGCUCCAUUGCACAUUACAAAAUGAUCCUCCGUGGUAUCUUCGACUCUACCCCGAUUGUCCCUCAAACAUCAACGAACCAGGAAGGUCGACCAAUCACAUCAUUGACAUCGAACUAUCUCUGCCUCCAGUGUCCAACUACUGUCACUGAAGAAGACCGUCUUAGACAUGGAACAAAAAAAUCUCACAGGUUCUAUGUGGACUCUCGAAGCGGAUCUCUGUAUUGCCAAAUAUGUGAUGACCUCGUGUGGGACCCAACGUUAGAAGAACUUCGCGUGCGGAAGAUUGGGACAGGUUCAUUCUCAGGACGAAAGAGAAAGCACGACGAACUUUUUACUGAUUCUAUUAAGGACGAUCCCCGCUAUAUUAGUUCUAACACAACAACAGCGUCUUGUCGAGCCAAUGGCCUACGAGGCAUUUAUAAUGCAGGUGCCACCUGCUAUCAAAAUGUUGUUCUUCAAAGCUUUCUGCAUAACCCACUUUUGCGAAAUUUUUAUCUUAGUGAUGGGCACCAGAGCAAUGACUGUACUGUUUCACACUGCUUAAGCUGCGCUAUGGAUGACAUGUUUCAAGACUUUUACGCUCUGGAGAAUACCAACGGGUACACUGCCGCAAACAUACUAUCAGGCUUCUGGAUAUCAGAGAAAAAGGCAUUUGAAAAUCUUGUCACUACGAGGGAGCAAGAUGCUCAUGAGUUUUUCCAGUUUCUGGCAGAGGAACUUCAUGAGCGCAAUGGUGACGGAAAGAGGCCAGAGAUUGGCUCCGAGCAUAGCUGCAACUGUAUCAUCCAUCAAACAUUUUAUGGUAAGAUGCAGACGACAACAACUUGCCAGAACUGCAAAGGCACCACAAACACAGUACAGUCCUUCUUAGAUCUCAGCUUGGGCCUGGACACUUUGAUGCAGCGAAAGGCCAAGAAAACUGGGCAAAAAGCACCAGUUUUGACAUUGAAUGAUUGUCUGGAUGAGGAAUAUGUCAAAUUUGACAAAUGCGAGUAUAGGUGUCACAGCUGCUCAUCCACUCAACAAGCGAAGAGAUAUACAAGCAUCAAACGACUACCGAAUGUCCUUUCGGUACAGCUAAAGCGUUUUGAAUACAAGCAAGGCAGACAUGAUCGAGCCGCAUCCAAGAUCGACUACACGGUUCAGUUUCCGUUGCAACUGAGCAUGCUGCCUUAUACGAACAGAGUUCGCAGCCGGGACAACCGUGAAAGCCUGGAGCUGGAGAGAUCAUGUAUGUAUGAUCUCUUGAGUGUUAUAGUGCACGUCGGAGAAAUCGAGACUGGUCAUUAUGUAUCGUACUGUCGUGUCGGCGAUCAGUGGUUCAAAUUCAAUGAUCAUAAAGUGGAGCUGGCUACAAUUUCUGAAGUUUUGGGGGCUCAGGCUUAUUUGCUGUUUUAUAUCAUCCGUUCCUUAGCCUGA